GUGCAGCUGCGGAAGGGCCUGGCGGGUGGCGCCGCCCUGCUGGCCCCUUGCUGAAACAUCCGAAGGUGCAAGUCAGGGCUGGCGGUUGCUGACGUGGGUCUUUCGGGUUUGCUGUCCGCGGGGCGGUGCUGAAAAGGCGGAAGGCUCAACAGGCCAGGAAGUCUCCUCUCUUUCGGCCUGAAGACCACCAAAGUAAACCCAUUUUCUCCCUGGAUCGCAAUGGGGUUAGCCAGGAGGAGUACAGUUUUGAAAGACGCCCGCUUGCUGCAGAUAAGAGAGUGUGGUUCCCAUUUGUGUCUGGUUAAGUGUUUCUGGUAAUUGGCAGCUUUAGCAUCUCCAGCACUUGCUACUCUGAGAUAGACUGCAUCUGAACAUGGGGGUUUCGUUCUUCUCUUUGAGACUAAAGGACAGGGUGGGUGGACUAAGAAUCCCUCGAGUUCAGCAACUUACAUACCGUCAAAUCCAGUUUGGUGCCUCUGUCAGCUGUUACCCAAUAAUACACAGUUUUUAAAACUCUGUGCAGCCUUUGAUCCUGAAAGCAGCUAAUCACCCUCAAGACCGGAUGGAAAUGGAAAUGGAAGCAGCUGUCGCGCCUUCAGCGGAGCAUCAUCCUCUUCCUCUUUGCCUUUCUGGUUGUCUGUGGAAUCAAGACAUAUGCAAAUAUGGCUGACCCUUGGAGAAGUGCCACCAGCAGAUCUUUGGAGGAGCAGAAGGCUGAUCUGGAGAUCCCUGGAUUGAAUCCAGCAAAUCAGGCGAUUCUCCCGAUACCCCAGAAGGCUGAUGCCAGCCUCAGGGACUUUUCACCUCAAAAACCUCCGAAGCAGAUUCCUGCCCGACGAGGGCCUCCGAAUCUGCAGAUCCGGCCACCUAGGAGGGAGACGGAGGCUAACAGAGCGGAGGGAAAACCUGGCCAGGCAGAUCAGGCGCAUAACCUGGAUAAGCCUGUCAUUAGUCGGAGAGGACCCCUGAUUGAGCCCAACCUGAGCCCUGAGCCGCCUUCCAAGAAAAUAAAGCCUCCAGGCAGGCCUUCUGCCGUGGCGUCCGAAGACCCAAAGGAGCCAGUGCCCCUCAAUGAACGCCAGCUGGCCGUGAUCGAAGCCUUCCGCCACGCGUGGAAAGGUUACAAGGAAUUUGCCUGGGGCCACGACGAGCUGAAGCCCAUCUCCAAGUCCUUCAACGAAUGGUUUGGCCUCGGACUGACGCUCAUCGAUGCGCUGGACACCAUGUGGAUCUUGGGCUUAAAGGCAGAGUUCAAAGAAGCACGAGAGUGGGUCUCCCAGGAGCUCAACUUCAACAAAGACGUGGAUGUCAAUCUCUUUGAGAGCGCCAUUCGUAUCCUCGGGGGCCUGCUGAGCACUUACCACUUGUCUGGGGACAGCCUCUUCCUGGAAAAAGCGAAAGACAUCGGGGGCAGGCUCAUGCCGGCCUUUAACACCCCUUCCAAGAUCCCCUUCUCGGAUGUCAACAUUGGGAAGGGCACAGCCCACCCCCCACGCUGGACCUCUGACAGCACUGUGGCCGAAGUGACCAGCAUCCAGCUGGAAUUCAGGGAGCUCUCGCGCCUGACUGGGGAAGAGAAGUUUAAGAACGCUGUGGACAGGGUGAUGAGACACGUCCACUCCCUCUCUGGCAAGAACGACGGCCUGGUGCCCAUGUUUAUCAACACCAACAGCGGGCAGUUCACCCAUCUCGGGGUCUACACCCUUGGGGCUCGAGCUGACAGCUACUACGAGUAUUUGCUCAAGCAGUGGAUCCAGGGAGGGAAGAAGGAGAAUGAGCUGCUGGAAGACUACGUGAAGGCUGUUGAGGGCGUGAAGAUGCACCUGCUCCGGAAAUCCUAUCCCAAAAGGCUGACCUUUGUCGGCGAACUCGCUCAUGGCCGUUUCAGUGCAAAGAUGGAUCACCUGGUCUGCUUCUUGCCUGGAGUCCUGGCCCUGGGAGCGCACAACGGGCUCCCUGCAGAUCACCUGACGCUGGCAGCGGAGCUGGCGGAAACCUGCUACCAGAUGUACGUGCAGGUAGAGACUGGCCUGAGCCCUGAACUCGUCCACUUCAACGUGCAUCCACAGAAGGACCGGAAGGACGUGGAAAUUAAGACGGCCGACAGACACAACUUGUUGCGUCCUGAGACGGUGGAGAGCUUCUUCUACCUGUAUCGGUUCACCGGCGAUAAGAAGUACCAGGAUUGGGGUUGGGAGAUCUUGCAGAGUUUCAAUAAAUACACCCGGGUCCCGACUGGCGGCUACACGUCCAUCGACAACGUCCAGAGCCCCAGCCAUCCGGAGCCGAGAGACAAGAUGGAGAGCUUUUUCCUGGGCGAGACGCUCAAGUACUUUUUCUUGCUGUUUUCGGAUGACGUGAACUUGAUCAACCUGGACAAGCACGUCUUCAACACGGAGGCCCACCCGCUCCCCAUCUGGCCAUCGGCAUAAAGAGAAGCCGGGCGUCUGCGGCUCCCAGAUUCGAUCCCGUCCCAAUUCCAGGGACCUGACGGGGGUGUGUGUGGAAGGCUGAGCGACAUUCCUGGUGAAGGGAGCCUCCCGGAGGAAUUGUACGUGAGGGAAGGUGGGUCUCUGGCCUGGAAUCACUACCCCCUCUCCGAAGAGGGGCACCCGAAUAAGGAACGGGCAAGCAGGUCACUGCCAUGCCAGAUCCUGCUUGGCAUAAGGGAGGAGCGCAGGGCUCGCUUUGACCCAGGGAGCGCCUCAAAACUAGCAAGAGAGGGCCCCGGCGUUCUUCCGUUGUCUCCUUUCCAUUCAAGAGGCCUUUUCCCCAGGUAUUCAUCCCAGGAUCAGUCCAAGGCUGCAGGUGGGGGUGGGUAGGGGUGAUGCUGUCCAAAGGAGAGCCCUCCCCUCGAAAACGGUGUUUAUUGCUGACCACCUGGUCCCAAGGGGCACUUUGAGUAAUUGGGGGGAACUUGUGCCCUGUUGUGAACUGGGGAGAAGCUGGAUGGGGGGGUUAUAUAUAUAUAUAUAUAUAUAUAUUUUCUUAACUUAUCUGCAGCAAUGCAGGGAGAAAAAUGUGAAAAUUUACAUUAUGAAAAAGCUAAAACAGAAGGUUAUCUAUGUAGGAAUUUAUAUACGUAUAACAUGAAUAAUGUUUUGGCUCAGGUAUCCUACCGAAAACUGCUUCCUGCAUGGGAUCCUCUUCCAGGUUGGAGGCCCGAGGGGGCUGUUGACCUUUACUUUGCAAGCAUAUUCGGAGGAGGGGGGAGACUGGAGGGCAAGGAAGCAGCGGGUCGCAUCGUCCUUGUGCUCAGAGCGGAUUCUGUCCGCCAGGAUUUCUGCCACGUCUCUUGUGCUUGAAAAGAUCCCCUUGGAAAGUUCGGCUUAAGAACCAACCACUAACCAGCCUUUGCUCUGUGGCUUUUCAACACCAGCCACAGAGGAAGCUGCUCCCAAAGGUGUGGACUGAGGUAUAUUUACACGGGAAGGUGGAAGAAAGGCUUGUCCGCUUCUGCUUUGCGCUUUGUUGUCUUUCUGCCUCUCCGUCUCAGUACAAGAGCGCCCGCAGGAUCAGAGGCCGGGUCCUUCCCCAGGCAGGACAAGGCGCUGCUCUUCCAUCCGGUUCCCACUCCUCCCUUUCUCUGCCUUUUCGCCCAUCCCUUUGUGGCUUUCGUUUCCCUCCCUUUCCCAGUUGCUCAAUCUCAGCACUUUAAAGUGGGGGCAGAGAGAAGAUUCACGGGACAAUCUUACCCAGUUUUGGUGGUACCGAUUUGUUGUGUUUGGGGACCUCCCUAAGUGUGUCCUUUGUGCUUGCUGCUGCUGCUGUUCUUCCGCCUGGUCACAGUGCUAUUGUGGCUGGAGGAGCUGCUUUAAAUCCCCCCCCCCGCGCGUGAAAGGACAGGGAGACCCAGCUGGCCCUGUCCCCUUUGGCACAAUUGUUUUCGGUGAAAGUGGUUUCAGAGGGCCUGUUUCUGUUUUGUGUGUUGUGCCUGACCCAAAAUGCACAUUUCCCAAAAACGGGGUGUUUGGUGCUACCUAACAGAGGGGACAGUGCAGUGACCCGAAAUCAAGAGAACGAUCCCUCGGCUCUCUCGGCGGGGGCCUCGGACUCUGCUCCUUCUCCCCUGCAACGUCACAAGGCCGGUGACUGUCAGAAGGGGGAGAAUCCAACGCUUCGAACAGUUGAAGCACAAUUAGUUACCGUAACCAGAAAGAUUUCUUUCCAAUCUUCUCACUGUAACUGUGGACCUCUGGAGGACUUCACCAUCGCCACGUUCCUUUUAAGGGAAAUGGAUGUUUGCUGUUGUAGCCACAAGGUCCCACCUGAAUUUGGGGGGGGGAGCAGUCCUGGUUUUCGAGGGGGUGCUUGCAAGGCACUGUUAGCUUUCUGUUCCCCCAUUUAAACAGAUCCUGGAAUUUAAAAGCCAUACUGUACAUCCCCAGUUUUGGGAGGCUGACACUUUACUUUGAACUGGUGCCUUCCGAUUUCAAGGGGAAAGAGAGAAGGGUUGGCAGGUCCCCAAAAGGGAGCAUUUCUUCCGGCACACGAAGUCCAGCGUCGGGCUGCAGACCCAUCAUCUGCAGUUCUCCGAGCCUCUUUUGAAAUGGGCCACCUAAGAGGUUUGGUUCCUGGAUCCUUCUCAGAGUUAGAUGCCGAACGCCCCUCGUAACACCCAAGGGCAGAAUUGGUUUGCUGUUUUGUUUACCUGUGUUCAGCCCUGAAUUUCUACUUGCCUUGUGUUCCCCACGGAGGCUGGGAUGUCGUCCUGAUUUUGGAAAUUUCAAGAGAAAUUUACUACGUCAGGAAAACGGAGCUCUGUUUUCAUGUUUGUCUUGCGCAGCCAAAUUGGGAUACAUUCCUUGUGAUUUUUUUGCUGUCUUACCAUGGCCAGCUCAUCUCACGUCUUAAGAGCAGAUGACAGAGUCUUAAAUGAUCAGGUACAACAGGCGGUAAACGGACCAGAAGUGAGGGGAGGAUUGUGGCUGCCAAACCUGGUAGGGAAGCUCGCUAUUGUGAGGAGCACCUGUGUGCUCCCAUCAUUCCCUCUGCAUAAUUACUUUCAAACUACCUUUUUUUCUCCCAAGGAGAGACCUGCUUGCUGAAGUCUCGUUGGUGUGAUCUGGUCCAAGGUAUUUGUAAAGUAGAAUUGAUUUCUUUUGUGAACGUGCAAAUGGUUCAAAGUGUGACUCACCUUUUUGUGGAGGUGGGAAAAAUCUCUGAAAGAGAACCUUAAGUGGUUUUGGCUGGGAAGUUAGUCUGCAGAAAUUCUACUCCACCUUAAUAAACUUCCAAUUUAUUUUGA